CUUCUCUCACCCAUAAUCCCUCGACCAAAAAAAAGCCCCAACGCACGCUUUUCCCUCCUCUGCGCCCGCACCCCCAACGCACAUCCAUUUCGCGCCCCUCCGAGGCGAUCUGACCAAUGUCCCCCCCAUGUCCAGGCCUGGUUCCGCGACAGGUCAUGCCCCGCCUGGAUCGCUGGUGACGCCUGCUGCGUUCAAUUCUCACCAUGAUUGUCCCGUCGGGGACCUCCAGUCGCAGGGCUCCAGCCUUGCUGAGCUUGUCCAUUCCCAGUCCGAGCUGGAGCACGAGCGUCACCAGCAGUUCCUAUGGGAUAACUCCAGUGCCGACCACACGGCCACCGGUGCCCCAAGUCGCCGCACUGCCAGGGCUGCUGCACCUCCUAUUACUAGUACGCCAGCCAACCCAUCCCUAAAGAGAGCCAGCACUACUCCUUCUGAGCGCUGGCGACCUUCUCCCGCCUCGUCGAAUGUCGGUGCAACUCACGCUUUCCGCUCGCAAACUCCCCAACUCUCCGAGCGGGACAGUAUCUUCGCAACACACUAUCUACCUUCUGAUAACAACGAUGUUUCCGCUGCCUCCACCCCACCAUUACUUCCUGUGCGAGAGAGCUACCUGUCUGACAAGAAGAUCCCCCUGAAGUCGACCCUCGGGGGUGCUCCUCGCCCUUCGGCUGGGUCCGCCGUCUCUUCUACUAUACGUGCUUUCGCCCAAGAGAAUAGCCCUACCCCCCCCUCCAAUUUGGCCUCGCAUUCGUCAACCUUGCGCCACCCAUCAGAUCUUGUUCUCCAGACCCCUUCUACUCCGCUGGCUGGCUCCCAUGUCGGCUGGGUGAAGCAGCAGGAGACAGUGGAGAGCUCCAAGGUUGCGGGAACCCACCGCAUUGCUAUCCGGGAGACAUUUCACCCAUUGAGAAAGAUUGUGUCCGAAGGCAAAGACAACGACUCCUCUCUUUCGAACGACCCCGAGGGUCCUUUACUCCCUUCAACCUCCUCUACGCCCCUCCCGCGCCUUCAGAACAUCCCGAUGGUGGAUUCAUCUAAUGUUGACCAUGAAAGAGCAUUUCCCGACUCUUGGCAUACCACACGGCACUUGGACCAUGGAGAUGGAAAGAUAGACGUGACGUGGAAUACUAAAUUUAGUCGCAGUUCAAGUCGCGGGCGCACCACACGAGUAGAAGAAUCAAUUGAAGCCAAUUUGACCAAUGCCGAGCCCGCUGCCCAUGUCCGAAGCCGCAAGUCGAGCCACUAUCUCGGCUUAUUCAAGGAAAACACCUCGCCGGAUCGUAAGAGGCGUGAAGACCGAGAGCGACAUUUGGAGGACGUCGAAGAACAAACUCGAAUGGAAGAAGACCAGGAAAGUCCACUGACACCCCGCCCAGCUCAUGCCACCCUCCACAAACUUGCCCCGGUCCAGCCUACAGAAGCAGAGUCCCCCGAGACUGAAGCUGCUCAAAGUCCAACCGACGUAGAAAGGAUUGUCGAUAUCAAUGCCGACCUCUCGCCACACCCUCUUCGAACCCUGCCACGAAAUCUAGCGGAGGAAAUCCGUAAUUUUCACUUGACAACCGGCGGUGACCGCGGGGGUUCUUUCUCGCCCAGUGUACCAACCCGUUAUACGGAAAUAGUUCGGAACGAGUCCCAGGGUUCUAACGAAAGUCACUCUGUCGCUUACUUUGACGAUAGUACCCCACCUCGUCAAAAUCUCCAUCCGGAACUUGGAAUUGAAGAAGAUGAUGAUGAACACAUUUCGUCUGCAUUGUAUUUCCCCCAUGAGUCUGCCCCCUCAGGACCGGAAGCUUCAUUUACAAAGUACCGUCGUGACAGCGAAGGAUAUACUUUGACCAAGCAAGCGGGUUUAGAUGCUGCGGAAGAUGAGUCUUUGAAUCAUGUUGACAUAUCCUUACGCUCUCAGAAAGAAAGCAGUAUUUUACACGGAGACUACCAGCCUCUUAGUGAUGCUGAAGACAAAGCUUUGGCGACUAUUUCAGAAUAUAGCCAUGAAUCUACUUCGGAGUCCGAAGCUGAAAGCACCUUAUCCACUCAAGAUGAGUUAUCGAGCUUGACAGAUGACGCAGAUCAUAUGGCGGCAACGCCAACCCAAACGCAACGUCCCCUGCGACACCGUCGCAAGCACACGAAGACCGGCCUCAUUGGUGCAGUAGAACUUAAACCAUAUCGUCACCAAGUGGGCGGGCACACCACAGUGUUCCGGUUUUCACGACGUGCCGUGUGCAAACAACUUAAUAACCGCGAGAACGAAUUCUACGAGCGUAUAGAAAGACGCCAUCCUGAGAUGCUCAUGUUUCUACCAAGGUCUAUUUUCCUUUCUUAUAUGUGACGGUUUGCGACUGACAUGAUUUAGGUACAUCGGAGUGCUAAAUGU